AUUUCCCGCAGCAGACCUCUGAGCUACAAAACCGCCGUGAACUCCCCCUUCUCUCUACUCUGCUCUCCGAUCGUCGCCCUGCUCGCCAAUCUUUGACACCAACAUGGCGGACAAGGCUGUUACGAUCCGUACUAGGAAGUUCAUGACGAAUAGGCUUCUUUCCAGAAAGCAAUUCGUCAUUGAUGUUCUUCAUCCAGGAAGACCUAAUGUUUCCAAGGCGGAGCUGAAGGAGAAGUUGUCAAGAAUGUACGAAGUGAAAGACCCAAACUCGAUCUUUGUUUUCAAGUUCAGGACUCACUUUGGAGGUGGAAAAUCUACCGGUUUUGGUUUGAUUUAUGAUUCUGUCGAGAAUGCAAAGAAAUAUGAACCCAAGUACAGGCUCAUCAGGAAUGGACUUGAUACUAAGGUAGAGAAGUCGAGGAAGCAGAUGAAGGAGAGGAAGAAUAGGGCGAAGAAGAUCCGUGGAGUAAAGAAGACAAAGGCUUCAGAUGCUGCAAAGGCUGGAAAGAAGAAAUGAGUUUUCCGGGGGUCUUCUGCUGAUCAAUGCUGUUUUACAGCAAAGAUUUUCUCAAAUAGCCGUAUUUUGUUGUUAGGUACUUUGAAAGUAAAAUUGUUUGGGGUUAAUGUUAAAUGUUUUCUGAUGUUUUGUUAUUGUCAGACAAUCGAGUAUUUUGGCCAAGCACAAUUUUGAAAUUUGAGUGACAGCAGAUUUUCAAUAUUUUUAUUUUAGAUAUAGAACCGAAAGACUAAUGUUGUGCUUU